GUACAACAAGAACAACAACUGCAACUAUCCCUGCAAAAAGAAAUCAUCACAACAAAAACAGCAUCAGCAACAACAAUACCACUACGCCAACAUCACCAACAUUGGGAAACAGCAGAGUAGAGCAAACGACAACAAUUGUACGAGCUUACAGCAUAUAGCAGUGGUGUUGUUGAUGUUGUUGGUUUCGUCUGUAACAACAACAGCAACAAUAGAUACAGCAAGAAUUGCGAGUGCAAUAUGGCGACAAAGUAUCAUCCCGGAAAGACAGUCCAACACUUGCUGCAUCACAACUGGCAUCAUAUGCUCCCCGUUUGGCUAACAUUUUGGAUAUUUUUUAUUUGUACUCUGAAUCCUGUCUUACCAGAAGUUAUUUACCGUGUGGAUCCUUUGGCUUUAUUGGCAGCUACACUUAGGACUUAUCAAAGGGCUGGCUGUGAUUCAGAACAACUGUCGCUCAGUUGUCCACGCGGUACCAGCAUCUCAAUUGAAUUGGCACAGUAUGGCCGAGCAGGAGAUUUGACCGACCACAGUCUUUGUCCACCAAUAUCCCCAGAAGAUUUAACCACUACAGGCAGCAGCAGUAGCAAUGGCAACAACAACAGCGGUGGCAUCAGUAGUUCUAAUACUGAUGGUAUCGCUGUUGGUAUUAUUGGUAGCAGCGGCAGUAGUACUGGUACCGAUGUCAUACAUAGUGGCACCCAAAUAGAAGUUAAGCCUCCGGAACUGUGUACUGUAAGCGGAUUACAGUAUACUCUGUUGCAAACUGUUGUCGACGCCUGCCAAAAGAAACGACAUUGUAAAUUCUCUGCCAACUCAAAACCUUUAGCGAAUGGAGAUCCAUGUGCAGGAAUACGGAAAUUUGUUGAGAUUGCAUAUAAAUGUCGUCCAUAUGAGUUUCGUUCGAAAGAAGCUUGUGAAAAUGACAAUAUGCCACUUGUAUGCAAUCCUUAUUCAAGGAUUGCAAUAUACAGUGCCUCCUUUGGCUACAUAGAACGCAAAAGUGUGCAAUGCCCGCAUAACAAUACACAAAAUGCUCCAGAUACAAAUACUAAACAGACCUGCCUGGUUUCAUAUGCCACGGAGACUGUUAUGCAAAUUUGUCACGGACGACGACGAUGUUCUAUAACUGCGGAUGCUGGUACUUUCGGCAGACCCUGCAAAAAUGACAUACCCAUGCAUUUAAAGGUCGUUUAUACUUGCAUACCGCGUAAAGUACUUAAGGAUCGCUAUGAAACCGCACCAGAACCAGAUGAGCCGCAGCAAAGUGAGUUGGAUUUAGAUCAAGAUGAACUCUACGAUGAGGAUCAAUUCUACAAGGAAGGCGAGGCCAUACCACAGGCACCUAAACUGCAGGGUGCCAUACCAAAUGCCGGCUUUCCCUAUGAUUUUAAUAUGCGUUCCAGUGAGCCCACAACUACCCUAAUGCCAUCCAUACUUUCACGCAACGACAAUUCUUUGGAAGGUAGACAUGAUGACGAUAAUAAUGAUGAUAAUGGUGGUCAUGAUGUUAAUGUUAACGUUGAUGAUGAUGAUGAUGUCGAAACAUCAUUAUUCAAUAAAAUUAACUCAAUUCACGAACUGUCAAAAAUAUUCUUCAAUAAUGAAUUAGAUUCUCCAGCAACUACAACAAAUUCCUCAUCAACGACGACCUCAAAUACUGAGAAUUUUCAUACUGAUGAGGGAAACGGCAAUGAUGUGGAUGAUGAUGGUGAUGAAUUGUCAAUUUCUCCUCAUUACAUUUAUCGCAAAAGGUGUCAAAUGGAGGAUGACUGGGGCACAAUUGGUUUGAAUUGCACUAAUGAUGACAUCAUCACAGAGCGUGUUGUCGUCAUUGGUUUCCUUGUCAACUGGAUUAAUGCUUUUAUCCACAUUAAAAAAAAUCAGGAGCAAUUCUAUCUGUAUUUAAUCAUAUCUGUCGCUGUCGGGAUGUUGCUGUGUCUGACUCUCGUAAUUGGUCGACUGACCCUCCAGCGAAGGCGUUCUUGCCGCAAAAAUAGUCUAUCGAGCUGUAGCAACAACGAGAAAAAUAACAGUGAUAAAAUGGGCAGUACUGGCGUUAUUGGUGGCGGCGGCGGUGUGGUCGUUGCUGGUGAUAAUAAUAAAUUUCAACACGAGCCAACAGCACGUGAUACACAAAGCGGCUCCUUUGCAGAUGAUAUAUCUGACAUUGAUGCAGACAUUGACUUGACUAGUCCAAUGCCAGUGCCAAGUCUUUCAACAAGAAAUGAGACCUACAUGACAUAUGCUCCAAUACCAAAUUGUACAUACGGCUCAUUGGGCGACCAUUCAUCUACAAAUUAUGGGACAGCAACAACGAUGCUCAUGCCUUCAACAUCUCAACACAAUAGUUUAAUGAUGCCCGCAGGACACAAUAGCAAUAACAGCAGUGGCAAGCCAAUAGGCUGUCCAACAGUGGUCGGAAGUAGACAAACAACGCCACCUCCACCUGGCUCACUUUACACUAGCAUGGGAGUCUGUUCUCCAUCCGUUAGCGGGACAAUGACAAUGGGUCCCCACAUUCUUACACCCUCAAUUUUAAGUACAACAUCAAAUCAAAGUAUGGGUGGACCUUCAUAUUUGAGCGGAACUAUAAUGGUGCCAGGGCAUCAUCAUUCACAUACUGGAACAUUACGAAGACAAUUGAUACCCACAAGCAUGGGAAUGAUGAGUACACCUCAGUCAUCUUUAGUAGGUGGCAAUACGGGGCCACAUUCAAUGGUGGGGGUACCGACAUCAUCUAGUGUGUACUAUGACAGCACAAUACCACGACAUCUUAACCGGGGAGUGUCGGCAGACAAUACCCAAUACUUUUACGGAUGACAUUC